GAUUUAUUUGGUGUGAGCAUGGUUGUUCCUUUAAUGAACCUUCAUAUCAAAUCUCUAGGAGCAAGUCAUACAGUUGCUGGAAUAAUAGGAUCUCUCUAUGGUAUAAUGCAACUAUUUUCCAGCACAUUUGUGGGCUGCUGGAGUGAUAUAGUAGGAAGACGGUAUUCCCUGCUUGCAUGUAUUCUUCUCAGUGCACUGGGUUACUUCCUUCUUGGAACAUCCACCACUGUGUUCCUGUUUGCCAUUUCUAGAGUCCCUGUAGGUAUUUUCAAACACACACUCUCCAUCUCUAAAGCUCUGCUUUCUGACUUGGUUUCUGAGAGAGACCGCCCUUUGGUAAUGGGACGCUUCAACGCAGCCUCUAGUGUGGGCUUCAUUCUGGGGCCUGUUGUUGGUGGCUACCUUACAGAGUUGGAAGAUGGCUUUUAUCAAACGUCCUUCAUCUGUGCCUCUAUCUUCCUUCUGAAUGCUGGUCUUGUCUGGAUGUUACCCUGGAGUGAAGAAAACACUGGCAAUAGGGAACAUCAACAAGGCAACAAAGGAACAGACAGUUUCUCAGCAAAAGCAAAUCGUGACCUGCACUUGAAAUCAGCAACUAAUGGAGCUAUGGCAAGCGAUAGUCUUUUCUGGUUUCCGUGGAUCCAAGUUGCAACGGUGCUGAAGAGGAUUAAAGGAAUUGCGUGCUCUGAUCUGUGGGAUAUAUUUUUAGUGCGGUUGCUGAUGUCUGUUGCUAUACUACUGUACUAUAGUAAUUUUAGUCUGGCCUUGGAGGAGAGAUUUGGGGUGAAACCGUUGUUCGCUGGAUACCUAAUGAGCUAUAGCAGUGCACUUGGAGUCCUGGCUGGUUGUCUGCUCGGACCAAUAACAAGACUCUAUCAGCACAACACUUACAGACUUUUGUUGCAUUCCAGCACUCUUACCUGCACGUUGAUUCUCCUGUAUGCGUCAGCGCUGAGCAUAUGGAUGGUCAUUUUGUCUUCCACGUUCUUAGCCUUUUCAACUACUAUAGGUCGUACUUGUAUCCUUGAUCUUGAAUUAACCAUUGGUGGGAAUGAGGCCAGCGGUACGCUCCUAGGUGUUGGACAGUCUGUGACAUCAGUGGGACGUAUAGUUGCCCCGCUCCUUUCUGGAAUUGCUCAGGAGUUCAGUCCUUGUGGCCCUCCAAGUCUAGGGGUUGGACUAGCUUUAGUAGCUAUUCUGAUAAUGAACGUGAACAAACAAAAAUACUGUAGCCAUGGAAAUGUUAAGUUAAAAAAUCAAUAGCUGCACAUUUGGAUUGCAUACAGGUAUCUUACAGGAGAGGCAAAGUGAAUCAACCUGGGGUGAUGCUUACACCUGCCAGACUUGUACAGUAGUAACAGGAUCUUUUAAGAGGGCCCGUUAUGUUCACAUGGAGGCAAGUACAUAUAAAUAUUUCUGCUGCAGCGAUGUUAACUCUAGACAAAUGUUAUUCUAACUGGUACCACUAGAAUACUCGUGAGAGGGACAGCUGUUGCUGUAUUGUACUGGCUGGGAUUUUAUAUGGAUUUUUAACCUUUUUGGAGGGGAAAAAAAAAUGACAUGAAAUACACAAAUCCUGCUUGUAGCUCACAUUUGAAACGGUGUUUAGAUUGAUAGAUUGUUAAAAGACAGAAAUUGAUUCUUAUUAUUUAAUCAGAGGUGAAUUUUUAUUAUUUAAUCAGGAGAAUUUGCAAUAUAGCUCAUUAGCCUUAAUUUCUUAUGCUGUGGUCCGCUGCCAUUUGUCUGCUGUGACAGUAGCUUAAUUAACAGGCUGUUUGCCUAUGUGAUUUUGUUAAGCAUACUUUGUCUACAAAACUUGCUGCACAGCAUGAUUAGGCACCUUGGGGUAGCCAUCCGACCCCUGCUGAUGCCUGGUCUUUCCCAGGUAACAGAAUUGGGUAUAUGCUAACUUCAUGUAUUAGAAGGCCUAAAAUGGACAAUUUUAGAAUAAUAUGGGGUCAUUCAGACUGAAACUGAGACUGAAUGUAAGCUUUAUUGAAACUUGAACUGGUGGUUUCUGUUUAGUAAUAACUUCUACUGAGCAACUUUGUCAUAAAUUAUUUGUUAAUAUUUCCAGUGCAGUUUUUCUACCUUCAUUUUAAGAAUAAAUUUGCUUCUUAGUUCUUUUGAAUGACUGUUAAAGGUGUGCUGGAGCAACUAGCAGUAGUUCAUGGAUCUGGAUUAAUGCAUUCUCUCUCAUCUCUGGAGGCAUAAGUGACAUUUCACCAACCAGAAAAACUGUUUAUUUGUUGGUAUUUUAGUCUUCAUUUGUCUGCACUGCUUAACUAAUGAGAGGUUACUCUCAGAGCUAUACUGAGAGUUGUAGCACUCUCCUGUGCUAUUUACUGUUCAAGCUCAUAUUACUUGCCAGUCACCACUGUUUGUGUUUCAUUUGAAACAAACGAAAAAUGUAUUUUGCACUGAUAACAUUCCAUAUGCUUUUCCUAGUAUUACUUGAUGAAAGUACAAAGUCAACUAUGUAUAAUUGUUGGGUUUGGGUUUUUUUUUUUUAUUAAAAACAAUUUCAUUAUCUCCUUCAACACAUCCAUGCAAAUAGUGUUGCUGCUUCAGGAGAGUCGUAGAUGGUGUUUUGCAUUUUUAAUUUUUUUUUCUUUACCUUUUCUUGUGCCUGCUAUCAUUUAAACCCUUGUUGAAACCUCAGUGAUUCCAGUGGCAGCACCAUGGGAAUUGUACAGAAUUCUGAGUUGAUUUUAUAUAUUGACAUAAUGAGUGUGUGUCUUAUUACUGCUAUGAUUUCAGUACAUAUCCUCAGAGUUCCUUAUUAUAAUAAUCUGUGUUUCAUUUCUCCCUAGGAACUUGAGGCAUUUUCAACUGUCUUAUCUCCUCUUGUCUUGCUUGGUAGAUGUCCCAAAACAUUCUCGCCCUAAAUUUCCUAUUUUCUUUCCAUCUUUUAAAAAUUAUUUUUAUUUUUUUCUUACCUAAAACCACCCUUCUGUAAGUCAGGGAGUUCUGUUUUGCAACUAUAGCAAGGGGUGAAGGAAAAGGGUAGGUAAAAACCCUCAAAAAUUAAUAUAUAUGAAAGAUUUAGUAGUUUUUACUAUACUUGUUGGUUAUAUGAGGUAACAGAUGACAUUUAUCCUUCUAAGUUGCUGCACUGAUUAAAGCUGAAUUCUGUAAACACCAUAAAAUUCAGUUUAUACUAACAUAUACAGCUGCCUGAAUAUUGCUUUUCUGCUUAUAAAAACUUCAAAACUUCACUGUUUUUGUUACACAUAAGUGAAAAAUGUGCUUUCCACAAUGAGCAAAUAUUUUUAUUUUGAAAAAUAGCUCUCCAUAUACACUAAAUGAAAAUGAAAUUAAAUAAUGGAAUUGAGGAAUCUGUGGAUGGCUGUGGUCUCAGGGACAUGUUGCAACUGAUGUUACAGAAGUAAAGUUUUUUACUUGUAGGCCUAAAUAAUUUCUGAAGUGCUGCAGAAACAUUUCUUCUUUGUAAAGCCUCAGUUACGGAAAAGUUGCCCUAAUUUUUAUAUAUAUUUUUUUUUUUUUUAAGGAAUAGAAAUAAAAUGAAGUGACAUUCCACGUCUA